AUGCUGCGGUCGGCGCUGCGGCGGGGAGGGGCGGCCGCGAGGCAGAUCGCGUUGGCUGGAGAAGCCUCGCCGAGGGACCUCCUCCGGAUGCGCGUGGCGGAGCGGGAGCGUGCGAGGCGGCGGCGGCGCGACCCGGGAAGCGACGAGUUCUUCGUGCCCACGCCAGAGUCGCUGGCGUGGCUCGACUCGGUCUCCCUCCCCAUGGUGCUCACCGCCGCUGCCGUGGCCCUCUUCACCAAGCUCCUCAUGAUGGAACAUGAAGCUACGGAUCAAGAAAGGAGAGAGCGCAAGAUAAAGAAUAGCCACCCUGAUCAAGGAAAAGUAAGGAUGCUAACUCGUGAAGAAUGGGAGGAGGUCCAAGAAGUCAGGCCAAGGACCCCUUUUGAAUCGAAAUUAGCUCGUUCACAUGCCCGUAUAAGAACUGGGGAGCCAGUGCGACUGAUCAGUGACCCUACGGGUAUUACGGCCACCGUGAUGGCAGAGUCUGAGAAUGAAGCCCUGAGUCCCUUGCAAAGGAAAUUUGACAAGACUGACCACCGAUUGAAGAUACUAUUCACAAAUUUAUGCACCAAUAAUACUGAAAAACAUAGGGCCCCUUCUGCAGCUACAAUUUAG